GGAGAUCUCUGCCCACAAGGACAUUAUUGCCCUGCUGGCACAACCCACCCAAAAGAGAUGCCAUGUCCUGCUGGCACCUGGAAUGCACAGAGAGGAGCCCAGGAUGCCACUUGGUGCCUGCCUUGUGCUCCUGGGUUUUUCUGCAACAUGUCUGGGCAGGCUGCUCCUGAGGGACUUUGUGCACGAGGCUAUUACUGCGCAGGAAGGACAAAGACCGCAAAGCCAGAGGAUGGGAUCACUGGAGAUCUCUGUCCUCGAGGACAUUUCUGCCCUGCAGGCUCAGCAGCCCCUUCUCCCUGCCCCAGUGGAGAAUACAGCAAUGCAACAGGUCAAGACAGAUGCUUCCCUUGCCCUGCUGGGUUCCACUGCUCAAGUGGACUGCGCCGUCGCUGUCCUCCUGGCUUCUAUUGCCCUCAGAACACUGGAAUCAGCUUUUAUCCCUGUCCCCCUGGGACCUACAACCCCUCCUAUGGCCUCAGCCAGGCUGAGAGGUGUCAGCACUGCCCUGCAGGGAUGUUCUGUGGAGAAUGGGGAUUAUCCUCUCCAAGUGGUCCCUGUUGGCCAGGAUUCUUCUGCACAGCAGGAGCAAGUGUCCCAAACCCUAAUGGAGCCACAAACACGAGCACUGGUGGUCCAUGCCCCCCUGGCCACUUCUGCCCAGCUGGCACAAGCAUCCCCCAGCAAUGCCCUGUGGGCACUUACUCUGACAGGCUCUACAACAGGCAGGACUCCAGCUGCACAGUGUGUCCAUCUGGCUAUUACUGCAGCUCUGCUGGCCUCACAGCACCCUCAGGACCCUGCUCAGCUGGCUACUACUGCUCGAGUGGAGCUUCCUCACCAUCACCACAUGGUAUGUGGGAGAAAGGAGGUCCUUGUCCUGUGAGCCACUUCUGCCCAGAAGGAAGCAGCUUUCCCUUGCCCUGCCUUGCAGGGACUUACAACAACCUCACCAGACAAGCUGCAUGCUUCCCUUGUGCUGCAGGCUACUACUGCCCAGAAAACUCCACCAGCUACAGUAUGAACCCUUGCCCAGCUGGCUUUUACUGCCCCAAAGGAACCAGGUUUGCUACUGAGUUCCCCUGUCCGCGGGGCUACUAUAACCCUGAUCCCAUGACACAGAGCUUGGAUAGCUGCUUGCCCUGUCCUCCUGGGCACUACUGUGGGAAGGAGAACUUGACAGCUGCCUCAGGCAUGUGUGAUGCAGGUUGGUUUUGCAUCUCAGCUGCUUGGACCUCACGGCCUUUUGAUCUGGAUAACUACACCAAUACCAACUGCCUCUGCCCAGCCACCGCCACUGGAGGGAAGUGCACAGCUGGUUUCUAUUGCCCCAAAGGAAGCCCAGAGCCACUUCCUUGUCCUCCAGGGUUUUACUGCAAUGCCUCAGGUCUGUCUGUGCCCAGUGGGGAAUGUACUGCUGGUUUUUACUGUAAAGCUGGAGCAACAAUCCCUAACCCAACAGAUGGUGUGACUGGGAAUAUCUGCCCUGGGGGCACUUACUGCACUGCAGCAUCAGCAGUACCCAAGCUCUGCCCUGCUGGCACCUUUUCCAGCCUCCAGGGGAGGAGAAUGCUUUCGGAGUGCCAGCCUUGCCCCUCUGGCUUCUAUUGUGAGGAACCUGGCCUCACUGCUCCGACCGGAGAGUGCUGGGAAGGCUAUUACUGUAACAACCAGCAGGGGCCAGUUACUGAUUUUACCCUUUACCCAUGCCCACGAGGGUUUUACUGCCCAGCAGGAACAAACAGCAGCACUCAGUACAGCUGCCCUGCAGGAACCUUUGGACCAAGGCAAAAACUGAAAGCAAUCACAGAAUGCCAAAGGUGCCCACCAGGAAAAUACUGUGAAUUCUCUGGGCUUGCUGCCCCAACAGGAGAUUGUGCUGAGGGGUUUUGGUGCAAAAGUGGUGCCCGAGUAAGAACCCCCCAAGAUGGAGAAUCAGGACUUCCUUGUCCUCCUGGUCAUUAUUGCCCUGAAGGUGCCCCGCUUCCAGUGCAGUGCCCUCCUGGCACAUGGGCUGGUGGUGAAGGCAGCAGGAGCUUGCAGGAGUGCCAGCCUUGCCCUGGGGGAUAUUACUGCAAUAGCUCAGGGCAGAGAGCCCCCUCAGGACCCUGCAGCCCAGGGUACUACUGCAUCUCUGGGGCCCAGUCCUCAGCUCCCACUGAUGGCCUCUCAGGAGCUCCGUGUCCAGGCAGUCACUUCUGUCCUCUCGGAUCCAGCAGUCCAGCUCCAUGCCCCCCUGGCUCCUACAUGCCACACACCCAUGGAGAGGAGUGCCGUGCUUGCCCGGAGGGGGAACACUGUGUCUCUGGAGAGAAGCCACAGCCCUGUCCCCAGGGGUAUUUCUGUCCCAAGGGCACAGCUCUUCCUUUUGCUUGUCCAGCAGGGUCCUAUAACCCUUCACCAAGGCAAGGCAGCUGCCUCCCCUGUCCCAAAGGGUUCUUCUGCCCCCCAAAUUCCUCUUCCUUUAUGGAGAAUGAAUGUCCAGCUGGCCACUACUGCCCUCCAAGUACUGCUUCUGCCACUCAGUUCCCAUGUCCAAAAGGGACUUACAACCCCCAGACUGGAAGCAGCCUGAAGGCUCACUGCACCCCCUGUGACCCAGGGCACUACUGUGCACUUGUGGGGCAGUCCCAUGUUACAGGACCUUGUCUGGCUGGGUUCUACUGCAGAGGAGGUGUUUCUGUUCCAGCACCUACAGAUGGUCUUCUGGGGAACACAUGCCCAAAGGGGACUUACUGUCCUAUGGGCUCUGCCUUUCCACAGCCAUGUCCUCCUGGUUAUUACAGCAACUCAACUGGGAAUACUAGGAUCAAGGACUGUCUCCUGUGUGAUGCAGGGUAUUUCUGUGAUGGGACUGGACUUGUUUCUCCAACUGGAUUAUGUGAGGCUGGGUUUUACUGCAGUGGAGGAGCCAUUUCUGCUAAACCUCCCAGGACAACGGUCAGAGGAGGACCCUGUCCACCGGGACAUUACUGUGAGGUGGGGAGCAGCAGAGCCCAGCCGUGCCCUGCGGGGAGUUACAGCCCAUCCUGGAGCAUGGCACAGUGUUUGGAGUGCCCAGAAGGCUUUUACUGCACGGCUGCUUCCGCAAACUACACCGACUGUCCUGCAGGUCACUAUUGCCCCAGGAAUACAGAAUUUGCCACUCAGUAUCCCUGUCCCCCUGGAACCUACAGCGAAGCUUUAAAUAUCUGGGAUACUUCCAAGUGCCAGCUGUGUCCUCCCGGAAGGGUCUGUUCCAAGCCAGGCCUGACAAGACCAGAUGGACUGUGCAUGCCUGGAUGGUUUUGUCCACCUGGAUCCACAUCAAGCAAACCAGUGUUUCUUGGCAAUCACUCUGGUAUGGCAGCUCCAGCUUCUGGAUCUCUUGGCUUGUGCCAAGCAGGAACCUUUUGUCCUGCUGGGUCCUUUCUUCCUCUUCCCUGCACCCCAGGUUCAUACUGUGCAACAGCAGAGCUCUCAGCUCCAUCAGGUCCCUGUGAGGCUGGCUUCUACUGCACAGGGGGCUCAACGCUCCCAAACCCCAUGGAUGGAGCAGGAGGGAACAUUUGUCCUCGAGGCCACUUCUGUCCUGCAGGGAGUUCUUCUCCAUCUCCAUGUCCUCCAGGCUCCUUUUUGGCUCAUGAUGGGGGCCAGUCAGCACAGGAUUGCCAGGCCUGCUCCCCAGGGUGGUUCUGCUCUCAGCAUGGCCAGAGAUCCCCAGAGGGCUUGUGUAAAGAAGGAUGGUUUUGCCCAGAGGGCUCUGUGUCAGCCCAGCAUUCAGACUAUUUGUGUCCUGUGGGUCACUAUUGCCCCACUGGCAGCGCAGAGCCCAUACCCUGUCCCUCUGGAAAAUACCAGGAUCAGGCUGGGAAAAGCCAGUGUGAAACAUGCCCAGCAGGGAUGUAAGUGAAGUGGAUUCUCUCCUUGCUCUUGAUGCUUUCCUUAGGAAUUAGCAUGUGCAUUUCCCUCUGCCUUAGACUGCUCUGUGUGUUGCAUCCUUUGAUACACAGGGCUGGUUUUCUUGUUUCUGUUAUCACCUUUCCCUUUAUUGUGUCAUUUUUCUGUACCACAGUCUGUGAACCAUAGAAAACCCAUCCUGGGAGCUCUGUCUGCUGGGAUGGACAAAAUGCUCCUGACAGGUUGCAUCUUGGUUCUCCAUUUACUUCCUUCCAUGUAAUUGACCU